AUGCGUCUGCGACUUACUAUUAUCCGCCAUGGUCUUCCCGCGACGAGGAUUCUCUGGACUGUCGCUUCCUCGGCCGCUACCACUACUACGACUGCUCGUGGCGUCCCUGCGUCGGCUGUAGCUUCGACUCGUGUGCCGAAUGUCGCAUAUGGAGAUGAAGGAUGCACUAUUGCGCAGUUGUUGGAGGAUGUGAACGAGGUUGUCCCGCUCGAAACAGCUAUCAGUGGUGGUGCCAGUACGCUGGGGGAGAGUGAUGAACUUGGCGGUCAGUGGGGCUUGGAGGAUUAUGUUGUGGAAGUUGAUGGGUUUGAAUGUCUGCAUUUUAUGCAUGUGGAUGGUCUGUUGAGGGAUGGGGAUGAGGUUGUGAUUCGCUCAUUAGGUCUGGGGGAUCUUCGCGCGAGACGGCUUUCAGGUCGUCUUCAGGUUUCGACGGAUGGUAGACGGUUGAUUGAUGGUGUCCCGUUUGGUAGACAUUUCUUGCAGAGGUCCUAUUCGUCUAGGCCUCCCAUCAGGAUUCCACCGCGGAAACGGAGAAAGACGAUGGUUUCUUCGGGUUGGACUGGUAAUCUCCAGAACGAAGAGGCUGGCAGUGACAUCUUCCAGAGAACCGCUUCUGCGCCGUAUGAUAAGCAGGUGGCGUUAUAUGAUGAGGAGGCUUCAGUAUUACCUUCUGAACAAGGAACAGUCAUUAGACACCCUCUAAAUCUCUUUGAGGAUGCGGGCGAUUCCGAGAGCGACAUGGAUUACUCGGAAGGCGCGGCGGAGGACUUGGCUGAAGAACUGGAACAGUUGAGGGACGAAGCAGAAGAUGCCGUCUCCACUGGAAAUAUUACGACGCAUGAAUCAGGUCGUAAGUCGCGAAUUGCACAUCGUGAUCCGCUGCCAACUAGCAGCCCAGCACGUCCGUCACUUGUCUCUACACCUCGUACAGCCAUCGGUAGAGGCACCGAAAUAGAAGCAACGCCAAAGUCGUCUAAGAGUGUUCGAUUCGAGGCUGACAAACAUAUUCCCUCAAGUCAAGUGUCAGAGCAUGAGGAUGCGCUUGAUUCAGAUGAACAGUCAACGUCUGACUCUGAGUCCGCAGUUUCAAGUAGCGACGAUGACAGCAGUGAAACUUCGAGCGACGAAGACCUCGUAAGUCAUGAGUCUGAGUCUAAAUUUGAACUUGAGUCAGUGUCAGAUGGUGAGACCAGCGACGACGACUCUUCGACGUCCGAGGAAGAAGAAUCCGAGUCCGAGCCUGAAGUUCGAAAAAUCAAAAAACCCAUCGACGUAUUCACGCCUCCAGGCCAGGGAUCCUCAAAGACCCGAAAUAGCAAUCGCCGAAAGAAGCUCCGACUUCGACUUCAGAAGCUAAAAAGCCUAGGCGAACUUCCACCAGAAGCCGACUUUGAUGAUUUGAGAACGUGGGAGGCGAAGCAUGGCAAACGACCACUUACAGAAGUAAAAGAUCUUGAAGAUUUGCGCGAGUCCAGAGUCAAGGAGCAGACGGAAAUUGAAGCCAAGAGACAGCUAUUACUUCGAGUUAUCGCAUCUGGUGGUAUUGAUGUCGACGGUUGUUCUGAGAAGGAGAACAUUCCACCUCGAUACACAAAUGGGAAACAGACUGAAAACGAAGUCUUGAAGAGUGUGGGGGAUGUCGAGACAGCCCCGACAUUUUCCAAAGUUUCGACAGAGGAAUCGGCAGUUGAAACAAAGGCAGCCGAUGCAGAUGAAACUGCAAGUCCCAGUGGGAUCAAAAGACGAAAACUCGAUGUUUCAAGCACGAAACGCCUGCUGUUUGGUUCAUUGGGUGUCCGGACGCCUAAAUCUAAGAAGGAUGAAGAGGCUCUUCGUAUUAAGCUAGAAGGCUCUCGAAACAAGUAUCUGACGAAAGCUGCAGAAACUACUGCUGCUGACACUACUGAGACUGCGGUCGAGGAUGAAAUUGAGGAUGAGAACUGGGAAAAGAAGAUCAUCCUGAGUGCGACAGAAUGUAUCUUUAAUGACAUCAAACUUGCAACCCCUCCAUUUCCUUUCUACCAACGGUGGGAUCCUGAUGCGAGCUAUGAGAUUCGUCAGCGGAGAAAAAACAAUAAAAGAAACAAGAAGCGAAAGCAACGUGACUGGCAGGAUGAGGCCGAGACAGGCUGGUACGAUGGUGUCACGGAGGAUGCUGAUGAGGGCGGUAUCACGUUGAACUACGAAGAUGCACCUUCAGCCGCACAGAAUGAAAUGCAGGAAAGCACCGUUAAUGCAGACGAAGCAGAAGAUUUACCUACAAUUUCCGGCGAUCCUGAGUCGCUGCCUUCUUUAACUGAGGACGAAGCAACGACCGGUGCCAUCAUAGCUUUCAAGCAACUGGAUAUGUCCAAGGCUACCAAUUGGCAGCCACAGGUGUCCGAAUAUAGAGUCGCCAAAGUGAUCGAAGUUCUUGACAACGGCAGUUUAAACGUUACCCUCGCGAAACGUGAUCGAGAAACCCAGCAGGCGGUAGCGGUAGAUGAGAACGGCGUUCGCACGUAUUCCGGAUUCGAGAUGCCCGAACACGAAGACGAAGGAGUCGAGGAUGACAACGGCUUUCGCAAUCUGUCAUUCCAAGACUUGCUGGAGCCGAAAUUGCUGCGAUCAACGAGUCCUCAGGAGAAGCAGGGAGAGCUGGUAAAUGGCAAUCAUGAUGAAUCGAGCCUUAGAGAUAACAACCUCCCUCCUUCUCUUCCUCUUCCUGUUUCUGCUAGAGGCAAUGAUGCAGAAGAGUCCGUAGAAGCCGAUGCCGAUUCAUUACCCGUAGCAGCAGCAGCAACAGCGACAGUUUCUUCAGAAACACGACUCGAUAUCUCCCACAUGAUUCGUGCACCUAGACGCGAUUCAGAGAACGCGGGAAGCCAGGAUUUGGGUUCAUCCUCAAAUUCGUCGUCGUCAGAAGACGAGUACGAGUUCUCGUCAAGUCCUCCUGAACCAGGUGUUGAAAUGCAGCAUGGCUCUGCUCACAAUGACACGGCUAAGGAGAGAGACGCAAUGAACUUAGACGAGAGAAACGGCAGCAUGGAAGACUCUGGGUCCCAAUUGAACAUUGAUGAUGGCGGUGAUAUUGACAUGGGUGGCGGCGAUGACCUUCAUGAUAACGCUAGUACUCAUGACGAUGGCGACAGCGACGGCGACAGCUCGGAUGACGGCAUCUCCCUACCUUGGAAAAACGGAGAGUUAUCGAUGAGCACUGAUGAAAGUGGUCUCAUUGAGACUGGCUCCGUAGAAGGACAUGCGGCUUCUUCGCAUAACGGAAACUCGACUGCGGCAGUGGAUGGUGCUCUUGAGAACACCACGCCAGUCCCUCGAGAGUCGACUAAGAAUGAAGCAGGCCCGGCUCAAGACGUCGAAUCACAAAAGGAGGAGGGAAAAGGGAAAGGGAAAGGGAAAGAAAAAGAACAAGCAGAGGACACAUCCUUGAGCACCACACUUCGCGAUGGCGAGUCUCACCUUCAAGACUCUUUCAUCACCGCUUCAGCUGAGAAUGAGACUCAGAGUGUUUUAUCUGAUUAUUCAGAUGCAAUCUCUACCGUUCCCAAUCCAUUCUACGAGCGGGAUAGAAUCGCGAUGCAAGCGGAAGAGCGAAACGCGGAUGAAAGACCUAGAGACAUCAAUCAAGGGGAUGGUCCUUCAUCACUCCCUAUGCACAACUCAGCAAGGAACAAGCCCGCUGAAUCCGUGUCACGGCACACACAAUCAAUAGAAAACGGCCAAAUUGACGACUUCAACCCCGGCUGGCUUGAUCAGGGAGACGACCAUAACGUCAACGAUAACGCCAACGAUUCUUCCGAUCCCGAAUUCCCGAGUAUCGAAGUGCUAUGGGCAUCUACCGCGCCAUCUCGAGAGCCAUUCCCGCCUAUAAAGACAGAAGGGGACAAGCCAUCUGUGUCUGGCGGUGAUAAAAAUAAUCACAAAACAUCUUCCCUACCGCCGAGUCAGUCAGUUGCUGGUAGAAGCAGUUCACCUCCUUUCGAGCCUGUAACUACUACUAGUACAAACAACAAGUCACCAGCGACAGCGAAGAAGCGGUCCCGUCUUAUCGCGUUUAGUUAUAAGAAAGGGCAACACCAGGGAGAAAAUGAACAAAGAAGACGGAAAUCCAGUUCUUCUAUUCCUUCUCUUGAAGUCGGAUCCGAGCAAAGACCGAGCAGCAGCAAUAACCAGAACUACGAGUCUCAUUUUCCAGAACAUGAAGAUGACAAUCACUUAGAGCAACAACUAGAAGAAGAAGAAGAAGAAGAGGAAGAGGAGGAUGACCAACCCAGAAACAACCCAACGCCCGUGAUGAUUGAUCUAACCUUGUCUAGCCCCCUGGUCUCUCCCGUCGACACAGGAAGUGACGAAGACUUUGCAAGGUCGCAGGGCCUCCCCAGGGGACCGGGCUGGGUGAGGAAGAAUGUUCCUUCUACGCAACGUCAGACACGUUCGUCGACUGGUGGAGGGAUCUUGUUGAGUUCGAGUCCGCCGCGGCCUCUGCAAAGGAGGAGAAGGGGGAGGCAGACUCGUUGA